AUGGUUACCUCUCAGCAGCAGACAUCAAAAUUUACAAGUUCUUCAGAUAUUCCAGUGGAAUUUAUAAAAAAGAAUGUUAAACUACGUGGACGAUUGCAUCGAAUAACUGAAAAUGGUUUAGAAAUUGAACAUAUUCCUAUUGCCUUACCUAUUAUAUCUUCUUGGAAAAAAGAGCCGUGUGGUGCUUUGCUGGUUAAGCUGGCUGGAGUAGAACUCACUGAGACUGGGAAGUUAUGGUUAAAGAAAGAGCUCAAACCUUCCCAAUUACUAUGGUUCCAACUUCUUGGAAGGGAAAAUUCAGCGCUCUUUUGCUACCUAUUGGUGAAUAAGGGUGGAUAUUUUAAUGUGAGCAUAAAUGAAGAAAUUUUGAGAAGAGGCCUUGGUAAAACUAUUCUUGUGAAAGGACUAAAUUAUGAUUCUAAAAUCUAUUGGACAGUUCACAGAAACUUACUUAAAGCAGAAUUAACAGCCUUGAAAAAAGGAGAAGGAAUAUGGAAGGAAGAAUCUGAAAAAGAAAAUUAUUUGGAGAAACUCAAAGAUUCCUGGAAAGAAAUGUGGAAAAAAGACAAUUAUUUUUUAAAAAUUGGACCAAAUUUAAACUUUAAAAAAGAAAGUUAUUAUGACAACCUUAGAAGAACUUAUGAAACGUGGAAAGAAAACCUGAAAAACUACUCCUUAAUACUGAAGCUCAGAGAACUAAUGAGUCGUAUAUACUUUCGUCGAAAAGAGUGA